AUGGGUAAAGGAGUGACAAAGCUGAUGGAACUCAGCCUCUUCAUCGGAGGGUUCCUGGUCUUAUGGUAUGUAACAGGAGAAAAAGUAUUCAGAAAAAAAAAAAAAAUAGUCAAGGAUAACAUUUUACUCAUUUUGAGGCACCUGUGUUUAGAAAUUUAUAAAGUCCUGAAUGAGACUUCGAAGACAACCAAAAGUGUAUAUGACAUGAUAAAAAAUGAGCCCAACACAAGUAUAGAAUUGAAUAAGUUAGAAGAGGUGCUACUGAACAAUGGGUAUAAGCAAAGGAUAGAAGACGUGGAGAAAGACGUGUUAAAUAAAUUUGACGUAACAGUAGAAGAUUUUUACGACGAAUUGAAAAACUAUGAAAAAGAUGAAGAUGUACAGAAAGUUCUUAACUCCAUUAAAAAAAUGUACCAUGAAUCGUUAUUAGGAAUACAACCCAAGUUACCCUCCAUAAGUGAAAAUAUAUCGCAAGAUGUUAUAUUAAAUUUAACUAGCUUAAUUUAUAAAAAAAAGAGAAAAAUUUAUAAAGAAAAAAUUGAUUCUAUGAUUAAGAAAAAUCAGGACUUUAACUUAAACACCACUUUUUCAAAUUCAGAAUUUUUUAACAAACUACAAAAAUCAACAGAACAUGUAGAAGAACAAGUUAUAAAGGAAAACCAAGAUUUAGUUCCAAAUGUGUUUACCUUUAAAUAUCUUAUAAAUUACUACUCGGAUGAUAUAAAUUUUGUACAGAGAAAAAAAUACCUUGAAUCUAAACAUGGAGAAAAAAUGAUUAAAAUACUUAAAGUGAAAAAACUUAAACAGAAAAGAAAAAUCACAAAAGAUAAUUUAAGUAAUAAGGGCUUUAAGACCCCACCUAGUCAGCACUCACUCAUUGAUCAAACAGACGCCGCUCCGCCAUACCUGGACAUGGCUUCUUCUUACCACCAAGUGAAUGAACUCUACGUCGGACAGGAUCAGCCUAUAGUCCAACCCAUUGCUCCUCCAGAAGAACACAUAAGCGACUUUGUGCAAAGUGCACAAAGCAUUGAGGUGGAGGAGGUGCAGGUGCAGCACAAGGGAGCAGAAAAGGAAGACGAGGAAGAGGAAGUGAGUCAGGAAGGCCCCCCACUGUCUGCCCAAAUGCAUGGCGACCACGAAAAUGAAGGACAGGGCAGUUGGAUUAGCGCACAAGAGGGUUACGAGGAAGAGGUUCACGAUGAAGAAGUUUACGAUGAACAGGGUUACGAUGAAGAGGUGCCCGAUGAACAGGGUUACGAUGAAGAGGUGCACGACGAAGAGGUUUACGAUGAAGAGUUUUACGAUGAACAACCUCACGAUGAGGAGGUGCACGAUGAAGAGAUUCACGAUGAAGAGUUUUACGAUGAACAACCUCACGAUGAGGAGGAGGUUCAUGAUGAAGACGCUCACGAUGAAGACGUUCACACAGAAGAGGCUCACGAGGAAGAACCUCAUGAUGAAGAGUUUCACACAGAAGAGGCUCAUGAUGAGGAGGUGCACGAUGAAGAGGUGCACGAUGAAGAGUUUCACACAGAAGAGGCUCAUGAUGAAGAGGUGCACGAUGAGGAGAUUCACGAUGAAGAGCCCCACGAUGAAGAACAGUACGAUGCGGAAGAUAUAGUAGGUUACCCAGACGACGGACCCAAAACGGACGAAUCAUCACAAAUGAAGGAAGUAGAUCAGGAAGACACUCCAUUUUUGGAUGUCCAGGAUGAGGAGGAGGAGGAAGCCAAUGCUUCGGUGAUGGAACAAUGGAUGGAUCCCUCUGCGCAGGAGGGGGCGAAUGCAGAAAGCCACGUGAACGACACCGAGCAGGAUAAUCAGGAGGUAGAGAAGAGUGCAACUGAAGAGGGAGGCGCCGUCAACGAAGAACUCGCUCAGGAGGAGAAUGAGCCAACGAAUGAAGAGGCCGAUCAAGAAAAAGGAGAAGACGAGCCCUUCCCACAUCAGGAAGACGAUGGCGUCUCAGUCGAAAUGGUAGAUGCGCUGGAGGAAUUCUCAAAGGAGGACUUACCUGCGGAGGAAUACUCGAAAGAGGAGCCGCUAGCCGAGCACUACUCAAAAGAAGACAGCGGAGGAAUACUCGAAAGAGGAGCCUCUAGCCGAGCACUACUCAAUGGAGGACGUAGCAGCGGAGGAAUACUCGAAAGAGGAGCCGCUAGCCGAGCACUACUCAAUGGAGGACGUAGCAGCGGAGGAAGUGCCCCAAGAGGAGCCACCAGCCAAGAAAGCCAAAAAAGGGGAACUCUCGCUGGGCAAGAAAUUCAUAUUAGGGAAACCCUGGAAGAAAAAAAAGAACUCGGAAAAGGAUUCGAAGAAAGAAUAAAAGCUUCAAGUUGGGAGGGGUACGCAGGCGAGAAGGGGAUGUAUCUACCGAUUGCCCCACGCGCGCUCAUGAUUACCGGCGGCAUACUGAACGUUUUAAACCUGUUCCAAAUUGUGAUCAAUUUGUAUAUCAUAUGCUCAGGUGUCCUCUUAAUUCUAUGUGAUGUGAAGACAUUCAAUUUUUAUCGGCACAUCGAGUUCUUAUUCACCGUAGUUGGAAGAAGCCUGUACAUGCUCAUAAUAGCCUCCAUCUUGAUCAACAAGGGCUUUUUCAGCUUACUCAUAGGUAUUACUAUCAUUAUCAUUUCCUUUUUGUAUGUAACCCUGGGUUAUUUUAAUGGAAUCCCCAUACCUCUGUUGGACAAAAAUAACCAAAUCGGGAGUUUCCCGGAUCAGAAGAACAACGUCCGCAGCACUUGCUCUAUGGAGACAACGGAUGGCUUCAAUUAA